ACCCAGCAAGCUCCAGCAAGAAAAUACAUUCAGUAACAGAUUCUCCAAAACUAUUGUUUCUAGUGAAGAGCUAUGGACAUCCCCAGCACUUUACUUUUGUUGGGUUUAGUAACAGCUCUGUUAAUAUUGCUCAGAUGGAGGAACAAGCCAAACAAUCUUCCUCCUGGACCUACAGCUUUGCCUCUAGUUGGAAACAUUCUCACCAUGGACAACCGUGCACCCUUUAAAACCUUUCUAAAGUGGAGUAAGACGUAUGGUCCCGUGAUGACUGCGUAUUUGGGACCCCAGAGAGUCCUUGUCCUGGUGGGUUAUGACACAGUGAAGGAGGCCCUUGUUGACAACGCGGAUGAUUUCGUUGGCAGAGCCCCAGUUCCUUUUGCGUUUAGAAUUCUGAAAGGAUAUGGGCUUGUUAUCAGUAACGGAGAGCGUUGGCGUCAGCUCAGGAGGUUCUCGCUCACUACACUGAGAGACUUUGGGAUGGGACGCAAGAGGAUGGAGAGCUGGAUACAGGAAGAGAGCAGACACUUGCAGGAAAUCAUCAACAAAACAAAUGCUUCUCCAUUUGACCCUAUGUUCAACCUGAGCAGAGCUGUGUCCAACAUCAUCUGCGCACUGGUGUUUGGCCAGCGCUUCAGUUAUGAAGACAGUCAAUUCCUGCGUCUGCUCCAGAUCAUCUCCAGUGUACUGCAGUUUGGAAGCAGCUCAUGGGGACAGUUGUAUAAUGUCUUUCCAUGGCUGAUUGAGCGACUUCCUGGUAAGCACCUCAAUGUUAUUGACCAAGUGGAAGAAGUCAAGGCUUUUUCUAGACGCAAAGUACAAGAGCAUAAAGACAGUUUGGAUCCCGACAACCCACGAGACUUCAUUGACUGCUUCCUUAUCCGACUCAACGAGGAAAAGGACAAUCCCAAUACAGAGUUUCACUUUGACAAUUUGAUCGCCACUCUCUUCAACUUAUUCCUCGCUGGAACUGAGACCACCAGCACUACAAUCAGAUAUGCUCUGAUGUUACUGAUCAAGCACCCUGAAAUACAGACUCGCAUGCAGAAAGAGAUCGACGCCGUGAUUGGACGAGAGAGGAGCCCUUCAAUGGAAGACAGGAAGUCCCUACCAUUUACUGACGCAGUGAUCCAUGAAGUGCAGCGCUAUGUGGAUCUUGUGCCGCUCAAUGUUCCACAUUACGCCACACAUCCCAUUAAAUUCAGAGGCUACACGAUUCCCAAGGGCACGAUAAUCCUCCCCUUGCUUCACUCGGUUCUGAGGGAUGAGGAACACUGGGAGAAGCCCUGGACAUUUAACCCCAAACACUUUUUGGACACAGAUGGCAACUUUAAAAAGAACCCUGCUUUCAUGCCUUUUUCUGCAGGUAAGAGGUCCUGUGUGGGUGAGUCUCUGGCACGCAUGGAGCUGUUUAUUUUCCUGGUGUCUCUGCUGCAACAUUUCACCUUUACCACACCUGGAGGACCCGAGAGCUUGGACAUCACUCCUGAAAUUAGCGGCUUUGCCAACCUGCCCCGCAAAUACCAGCUCAUUGCUACCCCCCGCUGAACUGGGGCGUUACUACAGGCUGAUUACUGUGACCACUAGUGCAAAGAUCUCACAGAUAUUCAUUAAUCUAAAGAUAAUAUUUCUUAAUAAACCAUACAGGUAUAUAGAGGAAUGAACAUUAUGUUUAGACAAAAUCUAUUACAUCAUUAAGUUCUGAUUUUGAAUAUUCACUGAAUCCACUAUAGCCUCUGUUUACACAGCAGAUUUGUCUGAAAUGUUUUGUUUCAAUAGAAGCUUUGUGUAAGCACAUUAUAUUAAGGUGCUGCUUAUAGAUAAUAGACAGAGCUUGAUGAACAAGAGACUCAAAAAAUAAUAAAAGUCUUUCAUUAAUAGAUAAUAAGUAGAGUAAUUAAUUUAAAUGAUAUCUUAAAUGGCAGAUUUUUUUUUUUCUUCAAAUAAUUAAAUAAAUAAAAUAAGAAAUACGAUUUUCCAUAAAAUAUGAUUCCCCUUUGGGAUUAGCCUACAUAAUUAUUAAAAUAUUUUAAAAAUUUCUUUUAAACCUUCUAAACUUGUAUAAAAAUUUUUUAUCACAGUUAUUGGAUUUGCUUUCUCUCUGUACCAAAACAGCUUUAAAAAUGUUUUCAUUUAAACAUAUUAACAAAACUAUGAUCUACAGUAACUGCUGUUUCUACUCAUCAGCCGUAGUUUAUUGUUGCCUUGUUGAAACAUGAUAUUUUAAUGAGAAUUUGGUUGGUAAUGUUCCAAAUAUAAGGACAUGUCUGUUCAGUUAUAGAGUGCUCCACAACGAGAUAUAAAUAGCUCAGAUGUGGAAUUUGGACAGAUAACUUAUUAUUUUGAAAGGUGACAUGCAGCUUUUGUUGACAUUUUACCGUACAACGCUAUUUGUAGACUGUAGAUGCUGU